UAUUAUCAUUAUUGAAAACGAACAUUUUCAUAGUUUUGUUGUUUAAUUCCAGUAAUGCGGAACAUGUUGCCGGCUUCAUUAGACUUCUAAUAGUUUAUGGUGCGCUGCUCUGGUCUUUACGUCUGCUUUCUGGAGAAAGCACUGGACCCUGGUAGAGAAAUCUGCGUAAAGCAUUUAGUAAGUUUGGCACUUGCACAGGAGAAAAAGGAGCAAAAGAAGAGUCUACAUGAUGUAAUCGUAAGAGAAGCCGCCGCUUCGCUGGAGAGAUGUGUGAAGAGCCCAUUGCAGAACAGAUGGGCUCUAUGGUUCUAUAAGAAUGACAAAAGUAAAACCUGGCAGGCGAACCUGCAGCUCAUCACCAAGUUCGACACAGUGGAGGAUUUCUGGGCAAUAUAUAACCACAUUCAAGUUGCCAGCAAGCUGUCGUCGGGCUGUGACUACUCUCUGUUUAAGGAUGGGAUUGAGCCCAUGUGGGAGGAUAGGAGGAACAAGUGCGGCGGCCGCUGGCUAAUUACUCUGUCAAAGCAGCAGAGGCACACCGAGCUUGAUCGGUUUUGGCUGGAAACUCUCCUGUGCAUCAUCGGAGAGUCCUUUGAUGAUUACAGCGAUGAUGUGUGCGGAGCUGUCCUCAAUGUCCGUGCAAAGGGAGAUAAAAUCGCAGUCUGGACGACCAAUACAGAAAACAGGGAGGCUGUCACUUACAUUGGGCGCAGGUACAAGGAAGGGCUGGGGCUCCCUGCAAAGAUAGUGAUUGGCUAUCAGGCUCAUGCAGACACCGCAACAAAGAGCAACUCCCUUGGCAAGAACAAGUUUGUUGUCUGAGAGGCUGUGAUGGUCUUGGUAGAGGAAGCAGAACUGCAGUGUUAACUUCAGUUAAUGUCCUGACGUGUGGUGUUUUUUUUUUUUUUCCUUGGGGGGGGGGUGGGGGGGCAGUGACAUGGCUGUUUUUGGUUCGUUUUCAUUGAGUGUGCAGCUCUUGCACUGUUCUGUUAUCUAAAGUAAAUUAAUGUGUGGAGAUGCAAAUGGUUUUGUUUAGUUGCAUGGACUGACUACAUUGUCCCUCUGUGUAUAAAAUAAAAAUAUAUAUUUGCAUUUGUUGAUCAAGAAAUGUGUUAUACUGCAUUUAAUAAGGUCCUGUAAAGUAUGUAAGACAUGGAGUAGUCCUGUGUGUUUCAGCUGUUUUGAACCUCUGCUUCAUCUGAGCUUGUGUAACGAUGCAGACUGUGUUUCAAGACCGUUCUCACAAUUGUAGGUGGUUUUGUGUGGUGGGGGAAGGGGGCUUUGUGUUAUUUUCAUGCUCUACAUUUCUUAAUACGAUGGUUGCUCUUUUUGUUUUCUUUUGAUUAAAAAUAUCAAAUAUUUGGAAGAUAACUUUAUUUUGUACUUGCUGGUGGAUGCGUGCCGUUGCCAAGAAAGAGGGUGCCGAGUCAAGAGCAUCUAACAGUGAUGUGAGAUUAAUUUGCAACAUCGUCUUACCUGUUGUCUUGCUCAAAAAUCCCAUCUGUCUGUGCACAAUGGUUGCUUAUAUGGAAGGCGUGUUAAUCACGUUUUUUAUAAUUGAAUUUCCUCUCCUUAGCACUAGCUGUGUUAUCACUGCUUCUGUGUUGUUUUUUUAA